AUGCAACAAAGUAUGCUUGUAACCAAUGCUGACAUUAAUUCGAACGGGAAAGUUAGAUCUGAAACCAAUAAAAAAUUGAAAAAGAGACAUGGUUCAAAGACUACUAAGAGUACAGGUAGUAACGCUGUUAUUGAUAAGGAUAAAGAUUUUAGGUUUAAGGAUACCAAGAAAAAGAAGAAGAAUGCUACCAAUUCGAAUGCUAAUAUGAUUGAUCAUUCUGUUCAGACUGUGUCACCUUUCAAUCUCCAACUAGAAAAUUUGUUUAAGGGUAGAAAUCAACCAAGACUUCAUCGAUUCAGCACGACAUCAUCUACCGAUGAAAGCACACUUUCUUUCGAUAAUGAAGAUCUUUUUGAUAUGACUACAAAGAGCAGAAAACUUUCAAAUGAAACUGUUGUUAGUAACGAUUCUACAAUUAGUAACAAUUCAAUGAAUAUCAAGGAAUUAGAACACUUGACAAGUGUACCUCGGUCAUUUUCAUCAAUAUAUAAGACUGGCUUCCUGAAAAACAGUGAUGCUUCUUCCAUUGAUCCGUUGGAAAUUCCAGAAAAUAAAAUUACUUUGCAUGAUAUCGAAUCAUCUCAUGAAAAUAAAGUCAUAUCAAUCAUAGAGGAUUUGGAUAAUCUCUGCUUAGAUCAGACAUUACCUAUUACAAACGAUGAAGAAAAGCAAAGUAUUUGGUUGAAUGUUCCGACUUGCUGUGACUUUCUAUUAUCUAAAUAA